ACAAUGGGGAGUGAAAGACAAUGUCGGUGGAGGAUUUUUAUUUCGUGCGCAUUUCACUUGGCUUUACUACUGUGUGGCGGAAAACGGACUCUAGCAGAAACAAGAUACGCCGUGGCAGAAGAGGUAAAAGAAGGAUCUGUGAUUGGAAAUGUGGCGAGGGAUCUUGGUCUUGACAUCACCUCCUUAAGUAAUCGACGGUUCCGCGUUGUCUCUGAAUCUGCGAAUGCACUUUUUAAUGUGAACCAGGACAGCGGGAAUCUGUACGUUCUUCAGAAAAUUGACAGAGAGGAGCUCUGUCAGGGGAAUGGUGCAUGCAUUAUGGAGCUAAAGAUCAUAGCCGAAAACCCUUUGGAAAUACAUUACGUGGUUGUGGAAAUCAAUGACGUGAACGACCACACGCCGACUUUCCCCGAAAAGGAACAGAGGUUUGAAAUCGGUGAACAGACAAUGCCGGGAAGGAGAUUCCAGCUGCACAGUGCGCGAGAUCCAGACACAGGAAUCAACUCGAUUCGCACCUACACGUUAACCUCUAAUGAACACUUCGACAUUGAUAUCCGCCAAAGCGAUGAAGACAAAAUCCCGUUUCUCGUGCUUAAGAAGUCGUUAGAUCGAGAAAAGAGAAGCAGACACACAUUAAUUGUCACCGCUAUUGAUGGAGGUAAACCUCCAAAAUCAGGUACCUUAAAUGUUUCAAUUAUAGUUUUGGACAGUAAUGAUAAUCGACCAAUAUUUAGUCAGGAGAUUUAUCAAAUUGAAAUACAUGAAAAUGUUCCAGUGGGCACUUCAAUAUUUAAAAUGAAUGCCACUGACCCCGACGAAGGCAGCAACGGUGAAAUUGAAUACAGCCUUGGAAAAACACUGAAAAAACAAGUUUAUGAGCUUUUUGAAUUGGAUAAGGUAACUGGAGUAAUUACAGUGAAAGGGGAAGUAGAUUACGAAGAAAAUGAUGUUCAUAAACUUGAUAUUGAGGCAUCGGAUAAAGGACAACCUCCACUAACAGGUGAGUGUAGAUUAAUAAUAAAGAUUAAAGAUCUAAAUGAUAAUCCACCAGAGAUCGAAGUGACAUCACUGUCAAACCCAGUGUCCGAGAAUUCAAAGCCUGGCACAAUGAUUUCCCUAAUAAGUGUGAAGGAUAAAGAUGCUGCCGCAAAUGGUAAAGUAAUCUCAAGCAUAAGUUCAGUUGUUCCUUUUGAAUUAAAGUCGUCAUAUAAAGAGAACAUAUAUUCAAUUGUCACAAAAGGUUUUUUAGACAGAGAACAUGUGUCAUAUUAUGACAUAACAAUCCAAGCAACUGAUUGCGGUGACCCUCCGUUAUCUACUUACAAAAAAAUUAGCAUUCAGAUAGCAGAUGUAAAUGACAACAGCCCACAGUUUCCAGAAAAUCCAUUACAGAUUUACCUAUCAGAAAAUAAUGGUGCUGGAAAAUCAAUAUUUUCUGUAAGUGCAACAGAUAAAGAUAUAGGCGAAAAUGCAGCUAUUACAUAUCAUUUAGGAGGAGAAAUGGGUCGGAAUGACAUCAUAUCUUUGCUGAACGUAAAUUCAGAAAAUGGUCAAAUUACCGCACUGAAAAGUUUUGACUUUGAAACACUGAAAACUUUCCAGUUCCAAGUUGUAGCCACGGAUUCUGGAACUCCGUCACUCAGCAACAACGUGACAGUCAACGUGUUCAUUCUGGAUCAGAACGACAACGCUCCAGUCAUCCUGUAUCCACUCAGCUCCAACGGCUCUGCUGAAGGUGUGGAGGAGAUUCCCCGCAAUGUCAACGCAGGACACCUGGUGACUAAAGUCAGAGCCUAUGACGCUGAUAUAGGAUAUAACGGCUGGCUGUUGUUCUCACUGCAGGAAGUCACUGACCACAGUCUCUUUGGUUUGGACCGCUACACAGGACAGAUCAGGACACUUCGUUCAUUCACAGAGACAGACGAGGCUGAACAUAAACUGGUCAUCCUGGUCAAAGACAAUGGAAAUGUUUCACUGUCAGCAACAGCGACUGUGAUUGUCAAACUUGUGGAGCCCAAAGAGGCUUUUGCAGCCUCUGAUGUGAAAAGUGCAACAAAAGUGGAGGAGGAGGACAAUGUUACAUUUUACCUGAUGAUCACUUUGGGAGCAGUUUCCGUAUUUUUCAUCAUCAGUAUUAUCGUAUUGAUUGCAAUGCAGUGCUCAAAAUCCACAGACUAUACAUCUAAAUAUCUACAAGAGACCAAUUAUGAUGGGACACUGUGUCACAGCAUUCAGUACAGAUCUGGAGAUAAACGGUACAUGUUGGUUGGACCCAGGAUGAGUAUUGGAUCUACUAUAGUCCCUGGGAGCCAUGCAAAUACUCUCGUGCUACCUGAUAGGAGGAGAGCAUCUGAAGAGGUGAGUGUGGUGUGUUCCAGGCAUGCUUUAAACCCCUCCUCAUGA